AUGGAGCUGCACCCACGGCGUCUCGUGGAGCCUAUCUAUGAGUGUACGGUGUACUCCUUUGGUGCGACGCAGGGGAAAAUUUACGGCUCUCUCAGCCGUCGUCGCGCGGAGAUUAUUGAAGAGGUGCCUAACGAAGGCAGUGACCUCUUCUACAUCCGUUGCCUGCUGCCAGCCGUGGAGGCGUUUGGACUGCAGGACGAGCUGCGCGUCGCGACGCAGGGGGCCUCGACGGCGCAGCUCCAAAUGAGUCUGUGGGGCGUCGUGGACGCGGACCCGUACUUCACACCCACAACGAAGGAGGAGAUUGAGGAGUACGGCGCCGAGGUGGGGACGAAGAACAUCGCGGAGCAGCUGUUGGAGCGCAUUCGCCGCCGCAAAGGGCUCCACCGCGAGCGGGUUGUUGAAAAUGCGGAAAAACAGAAAUUUUCUCUCAAGGGGGCCUGA